CCGAGCCAUGGAGGUGAUGGACCAGCAGCAGCAGCAGGUGGAGGAGCAGGUGGAGAGGCUGCUGAGCGGUCAGGGGUCAGAGGUCACCGGGUGUGACGUGGCCUUGGACCAGAGCAAACCAGCCACUCUGAGGAAGAACGUCACCUUCAUCGUCGGCGCCGUCAUCUUCAACGACAAGGAGGAGGUGCUGAUGGUGCAGGAGGCGAAGCAGGAUUGUUAUAAGCAGUGGUAUCUGCCUGCAGGGAGGAUGGAGGUGGGAGAGAGUCUGGAGGAGGCGCUGAAGAGGGAGGUGAAGGAGGAGGCGGGGUUUGAGUGUGAGCCAAUCACCUUGCUGCUAAUCCAAGAGCAGGGACCACAGUGGAUCCGUUUCAUCUUCCUGGCUAAAAUCACAGGUGGGACCAUGAAGAGUCUGGAAGCAGCAGAUCAGGAGUCUCUUCAGGCCGCCUGGUGGGACAGACAGUCGGCUCUUCCUCUGAGAGGACGAGACAUCCUCCGUCUCAUCGAGUCUGGACUCAAGUACCGUCAGUCUCCCGGGCAUCCUGUCACAUUACCUGUAGACCUGAGCUGCCGUCACGUGCUGCAGAGACUCGUCCUGGUCUUCACCAACGCCGAGCAGAAGCUCUGGAUGCUGCUCAUCAAAGCCCCGGUGCUCCACCUGCCCACAGCGGCGGCGGUGAAGACCCACGUGGUGACAUGGGGGGCCAACAUGGUGGUGCAGGAGGCGAUGCCGUCAGCGUACUACGACCACGAAGUCAACACGCUGGGCGUCUUCAGCCUGCAGCACAACGGCCGGCAGCACGGGAAGACCGACGGCGUCUGCUUCAACACGCUGGUGGCUCUGAAACCGGACCGGGUCCAACGCAACGAGGACGGGGAGAAGGUGGAGCGGACGGAGACGGGGCAGCCGCCUCCGGUGGAAAACCCUCGAUACGUCUGGUUGGAAGUCCAGAAACAGACCCUGAAAGAGAAACUAAUAGAAAUAACCAAAAACACUUCGAUCCUACCGAUCCACAGCCUGUACUGACCAACCUUACACCUGAGAGACAGUUCAGUGUUUCUGAUCGGUUCCUUCACCGUUCAUCAGAGUCCACAUGUUGAACAGCAGCUCAUUUUACACACAAACACUCAGAGAUAAAAACACUAACAACAGGCAGCACAUGAGGAUGUUUAUAUUACAUCACUGUUUGAUUCUCUAUAGAGUUUUAACAGUUGAUAGUUUAGAAAUAAAGGUGCAUGAGCCCAGUUAUUCAUGGUGGGUUUAAACAAAAAAUGACCAAAUAUUUGCUGCAUGCCGACAUUUACAAGAACUAAAUAGAUCAUGUGUCAAAAAUAACUUUAAAUAUUCAUAACAAACAAGCUUUAACUGCACAAACAUGUAUUAAUCAAAAUGAUAAUUACACAAAUACACAAACACAUUAAUUAAAAGAAUAAAUGUUACAGGCUUACAGAACCCUAACUAUAUAACAAGGUGAUCGUGGUUUACAUCAGCUUAGAGCUCCCCCUAGUGGCUGAAAGGGAAAACUUCUCUCCAGUAGAUGUUAAUGGACCCUUCAUACUAGACUACACAGCUCAACUCUUGAUUUAAGUUUUUCCACAGCUCAAAGGUCGAAGUUAGUCUCUGCAAAUGAUUAUGCAGUUAUUCAGUUUUAAUGACUCAACCCUAGUAGAAAUGUGUAUAAUGUGUACAGUCAGAUGUGUAGAUCACUAUUUCCAGUAUUGUGAACUUCCGGUCGCCUGCCUAUUGGAUCAGGGAGGUAAACACAAAGAAAAUGAACCAAGUAGAAGAGCGUCUUAUUGAACAAGUGCAAUAAAAGCAUAUUUUCUUCAACAUUCAACAACUGCAGCAAGAUCCUCUCUCUGUCGGUUGCCAUUGUUGUUUACUGUGACCAGAAAAAGCCGGUAAACGCUUCGAAAGGUAAAGGUCAUUUACCUUUCGAAGUUCUGCGUGGAGGGAAUGCGUUGUGUUUUGUCGCGGUGCAAUUCACCGCCAGAGCGGUAGGGGGAUGAGCUCCUUUCCUGGAUGGUUAUCGGUGUCUCUAGUUGAUUCUUUGUUUAGCUUCCAGCUUUUCUGGUCACAGUAAACAACAAUGGCAACUGAAAGAGAGAGGAUCUUGCUGCAGUUGCAGUUGUUGAUUGUUGAAGAAAAUGUGCUUUUAUUGCAGUAUUUUCAUCGUACUUGGUCCAUUUUCUUUGUGUUUACCUCCCUGAUCCAAUAGCGGGGUAUAGGCAAGCGACCGGAAGUUCACGAUACCGGAAAUACAUCACUACCAAGCAAACAAAUCACAGCCCUUGCGGUCUGCGUUGCCUCGACACGUAGUUACAUUUCUGGGGAGGUGCACCUCAGGCGACGGCGUAGGGGUCCGCGUCGACGCAGAGAGCUCUGCGUAGGUACGCCGUUGUUCCGACGCAGAAGCAUAAAUCAGGCUUUAUGGGCCUUAAAGCAAGAAGCACUCAUAUCAACAGAUUAAGUCUUUAGAAUUUGUGGUGUUGACCAAGUUUCAAACACUCAGAUGGUAAAUUUCUGGAGUUGAGAACCACAAACUGACCUGCGUUAAACUGAAUAGUGUUCCUAAUCUCUCUCAUGUCUGUUAAUGGAUGGACUAAAUAUUAAGAACAUCAUUCAAUAUAAUGCAUCCAAAUACACUACGGUCACCCACUAUGAGCUCAGUAAUAAACAUAAAGUGGAAUUAUCACCUUCCUGACUAUGUAUAAACUUCAUAAAUGUAGAAUUUAAAGCAGAGCUGUUGUAUUGGAUUGAAUAUGAUGA